AUUAAGCCUCUCCCCCUUACUAGUCAGUGCUAGGGAUUUCUCAGCCGGGAUACAUUUAUUUCCUGUUGUAUCGGAGUAACCUGGAGAUCUGGGGCAUGGAGGGUUGCAGCAGUGGCCAUGUACAGUAGCACUGAGCAGGUCGCGCAGUUGGAGUGACAGCAGCACGUUGUUGUGGACAUUGUGUGGCUGAUUUGUGUGCAGCUCACUGCCUGGUACCAUCACAGACAAGAGGGGAAAAUGACAGAAGAGAUCUCGGAGGUCCCCAAAGAAUUACUGGAGAGCAUCCGAGAUGUUAUUGGAAGAAAAAUAAAGAUUGCAGUGCGAAAGAAGGUGAAACUUGAGAUCAAGGGAGACAAGGUUGAAAAUAAAGUGCUGGUGCUAGCAUCAUGUCGAGCCUUUAUACUAACAGCAAGAGUCCCAACCAAGCUCGAACUCACUUUCAGUUAUUUGGAAAUUCAAGGCAUGAUUUGCAACAAACCAGGUCAUAUGGUAGUUGAAACUGAAAAAUGCAACAUAUCCAUGAAGAUGGUUUCUUCAGAAGAUGUCAAUGAGGUGAUGGCACAUAUUGGCACAUGUCUCCGAAAGAUAUUCCCAGGAUUGUCUCCUGUAAAAAUUAUGAAGAAAGUAACCAUGGAGCCAUCGGACAGACUGGCAAAUCUGCAAGCUCUGUGGGAUAGCCAGACGGUGACCGAAGUAGGCCCCUGUGGUGGGUUUUCUCAGAUGUACGCCUGUGUUUGCGACUGGCUUGGAAUGCCGUACAGAGAGGAUGUACAGUGGGAUGUAGAUACAAUAUACUUAACGCAAGAUACAAAGGAGCUGAACUUGCAAGACUUCAGCCACCUGGAUCACAGAGAUUUGAUACCUAUUGUAGCAGCACUAGAGUACAAUCAAUGGUUUACCAAGUUAUCAUCAAAGGAUCUGAAGUUGUCCACUGAUGUCUGUGAUCAAAUCCUGCGUGUGGUGAGCAGAUCCAGUCGCUUGGAAGAACUGGUUUUAGAAAAUGCUGGACUUAGACUAGAUUUUGCACAGAAGUUGUCCAAUGCCCUUGCACACAAUCCAAACUCAGGACUACAUACUAUAAACCUUGCAAACAACCCUCUUGAAGACAGAGGUGUGUCUUUUUUGAGUAUACAUUUUGCCAAGCUCCCUAAGGGAUUGAUGCACUUAAAUUUGUCAAAAACCUCAAUAUCAUCAAAAGGAGUAAAUAGCCUGUCCCAAUCGCUGAGUGCAAACCCGUUGAUAGCCAGCACCCUUAUUCACUUUGACCUCUCAGGGAAUAUACUCCGUGGUGAUGAUGUUUCUUACUUGUAUAAUUUUUUGGCCCAGCCAAAUGCCAUUAAGUAUCUGGAUUUAUCAAACACAGAGUGUUCUGCUGAUAUGGUGUGUGGUGCGCUCUUUCGUGGUGGCCUACAGAACCUUUCUACACUCAACCUGUCCAGGACGUUCUUUACCCACAGGAAAGGAAAAGAAGUCCCGCCGUCUUUUAAACAGUUUUUCAGUAGCUCUUUUGCUCUAACCCACAUCAGUCUUUCUGGAACCAAGCUUGCCCCUGAACCCCUGAAAGCUCUACUACUUGGUUUGGCGUGUAAUCCUAACCUAAAGGAGGUGUCCCUAGAUCUCAGUAACUGCGAGUUAAGAUCAGGCGGAGCUCAAGUGCUAGAAGGCUGCAUAGCCGAGAUUCAUAAUAUCACAAGCCUGGAUAUCUCUGAUAAUGGUUUAGAGUCUGACCUCUCAACUCUUGUAGUCUGGCUCAGUAAAAACAGAUCAAUAAGACACCUGGCAUUGGGGAAGAAUUUCAAUAACAUGAAAUCCAAAAAUCUAACCCCUGUCAUGGAUAACUUGGUACAUAUGAUACAAGAUGAAGAAUCGCCUUUGCAGUCAUUAUCUCUGGCAGACUCUAAGCUAAAGACAGAUGUGACCAUCAUUAUAAAUGCCCUUGGCAGCAAUACAUCAUUGACCAAAGUAGAUAUCAGUGGAAAUAACAUGGGAGAUAUGGGAGCCAAAAUGUUGGCCAAAGCAUUGCAAAUAAACACCAAGCUCAGGACUGUGGUUUUAGACAAGAACAACAUCACAGCCCAAGGAUUCCAGGACAUUGCUGUAGCUCUAGAAAAGAACUAUACUCUGAGAUUUAUGCCUAUACCUAUGAAUGAUGCUUCACAAGCGCUGAAGACUAACCCAGAGAAAACUGAAGAAGCCCUACAAAAGAUUGAAAACUAUUUGCUGAGAAACCAUGAGACACGAAAGUACCUUCAAGAGCAGGCCUACAGACUGCAGCAGAGCAUUGUAACCAGCACCACACAGCAGAUGAUUGACAGAAUUUGUGUCAAAGUUCAAGAUCAUUUAAACUCCCUGAGAAACUGUGGCAUUGAUUUUGUACUAGAAGAUGUUAAGUCUGCAGAGAGACUCAUGCGGGAUGCUAAGAAUUCAAAAACUCUUUUGCCAAAUCUAUAUCACCUUGGAGGUGCAUCAUGGGCUGGAGCCAAUAGUUUGCCAAGCCCAAUUCAAGAGACAUUGGAAGCAAUGGCGGGUGAAGUUACUAGAGUUGUAGAUGAGCAGUUAAAGCAUCUUCUUGAAUCUAUGGUUGAUGCAGCUGAGAACCUUUGUCCGAAUGUGAUGAAAAAAGCUAAUAUUCGUCAAGAUCUCAUUGAAGCCAGCACUGAGAAGAUCUCCAUCCCUCGCCACUUUGUAAAAAAUGUUUUGCUUGAGCAGUCUGGAAUAGAUAUUCUGAACAAAAUAAGUGAAGUUAAACUUACUGUAGCUUCUUUCUUAUCCGACCGCAUUGUUGAUGAAAUCUUAGAUGCACUUUCGAGCAGCCAUCAUAAGCUGGCGGAUCAUCUCACCAAGCGUGGGAAGUCACUUCCUCGUCAGGAAUCUGUGGAAAUAGAUUCUAUAGAGGAGAGGCCUGCCAAGCGUUCUACACUCACCAUUGAAGACUUGACAGAGAUGGAGCGCCUGGAGGAUUUAGACACAUGCAUGACUCUCUGCUGUAGAAGUAUGACUCCCAAGUCCAAGAGAAAGAGCAUUCACAGCAGGAUGCUGCGGCCGGUGUCCAGAGCUUUUGAAAUGGAGUUUGACCUGGACAAGGCACUUGAAGAUGUCCCUAUACACAUUGAGGACCCCCCAUACACCUCCCACAAGCAGGAUAAGCGAUCGUCGAGUGUCAUUGCAGAACUGCCAUCAGAAGAAGCAAAGAAGCUAGAACACUUCACUAAAUUACGACCAAAGAGGAUGAAGAAACAGCAGCCCAGCAAAGCCAAUCAACUUGGAGCUGAAGCUGCGCCAGAAGGAGAGCAGAAUGGCCUGACGUCUAGAGUAGACGAAGGUGUGGAUGAGUUUUUCAGCAAGAAAGUGACAAGACUUGACUCAAAAAAAUAUUCCUUCAAAGGAGGAGAAUUUCAAGACUCUAAUGAGGGUGAGGAAAAAAAGAGGCGAGAGUCAAGAAAAAGUGGCUUUCUAAAUUUGAUUAAAUCUAGAUCCAAGUCAGAACGUCCACAGACUGUUAUAGUGACCGAAGAGCCUCCAUCUCCUAGGCCUUCUGUUAAAAGUCCUGCUCCAGACCUAGGCAAGAAAGACAAAGUGACUGAUACCAAUGGAGCUGUGAGUUCCAGUGCCAGUGUUGGGAGCAGUGGACCUAGCAGUAGUACAGAGAGAUCAGAGGAGGUAAAAACACCAGACUCUUUGGAAGAGAUUCUACAGCUUGAUGAUGGUGUGAAGACUGACAGCAAAAGUAGUCCACAAAGUAGUAGGAGAUAUGGUGUUCAAGUGAUGGGGAGUGGAUUGCUAGCAGAGAUGAAAGCUAAGCAGGAAAGGAGAGCAGCAAAUAAGAAAUUUGGUAGCGAUGUUUCCAGCAAGGAAUCACUAGAUGGAGAGAAACUAGAUGGAAGUGGAGCAGUUAGUAAAUUUCCUAUGACAAGAGGGGAUUCCACUAACUCUUCUCCAGAAAAAAAUCUCAAAUGUGAUGUCAAGUCCGAGACAAGUGUACGAUCCAAGAGUUCAUCUAGCACACCUACUAGUCCAAAACCACCUCUGCAGUCAUCCAAACCUGUUCCAACAGCACGUCCUACUGUGCCUCAGAAGCCCAGAAGUAGUUCCCGCACUGAUGAGAUCCCUGAAUCUCCUUCUGGGACCUGUUCCCCCAAAACGAUUCUCCCAUCAGUGCUGAAGCGAGUCCCAUCAGAGAAGGAUAAAGAUGGACAGAGCAGCCUGCUGUCUUCUUCCCGGCCUCUUGCAGAUGAAGCGCAUCCAGUGACUCCAUCUGAUUCGUCGCUGAAAAAGAAUCUUGGCCUUUCCACAGCAGAUGGACAAGAGCUAAAAUCAGGGUCAUUAAGCAAAGACCCUCAUCAGCGAAGCAAAUCCAGUGACUCUGGAGAGGAGGCUGAUAAGGAGUUUGUUUUUAUUUAAACUUCUGUCAACACGACUGUCUCUCUACCUGAAAUUCAUUUUUAUUUUUAAUUUCAAUGCUAAUUUAGUGUCAUUUGUUUCAUGAAUAAUCCUGUGCACCUUUCAGUCAUCUAUGUAUGUAUAUGUCCUUAAAUUUGUGACACAGCUGUAGCAGAUGCCUCACACUCCAUAGAGCAAUGGUGUACUUGACUUUAUCUGUAAGAUGUCUCAUGUACCUGUAGACCAAGGAGAUGCGAAUACUGCCACCCUCACAUCUCCUUUGUACCAUUCUGUUUCCUUAUGUAAGCACUUGCACAUUGUAAUUAACAGAGCACACUAAUGACAAAUUAUUUGUAUAAAUGGUAAAUAUAUAAACAAAUAUGACUCUAUGUAUGUGUGUGUGAAUAUAUAUAUAUAUAUAUAUAUAUAUUACACACACACACGCAUGCAUUAUAUAUAUAUAUAUAUAUAUAUAUAUAUAUAUAUAUAUAAUGAUAUAUAUAUGUAAUGAUGGAAUUGCAUUUUUACAUCCUCUGGUAGGACUCUUUCUUCUCCUUGUGCUUGUACAUAUGGUAACCCUUCAUGCACUUGGCCUAUAAGCACAAGCAUUGAAGUCCCCUUUGUGACACAAUAGAUACAAAUGAGUAAUAAUGUAAUAGAGUGAUUGACACAGAGUAUGAUUGGUUUCAAUGAUGGGAAUAUGAUACACCGUCCUCCGUUUUAACACUUGCAUUUUGCUUCCAUUAUACCAUUUUUGAAAAUAAGGUGUUUAACAUCUGUAAAUAAAGACUGGGAAAAACUUUUUGAUGAUACAGUAAUAUAGAUAUUCACUAAUAUUACAGGUUAUGGAAGUUUUAUUCAUAUGUAUAUUUGUAUCAAUAAAAAAAAACAUUUUACAACUUUA